ACAGAUCCACGGACACCACUCUUGAAUGAAACCGGGAAAUAGACUAUUUUAACACAGACACAAGAUAUAGACACAAGAUAUAAACAUUCAAGGGAACAACCCACCUCCCUGCACAUGGACACAGGGCGGGGCAAACCAAAUCUUGCAACCAGAGACACAUCAGUAGACACCCCCACCAAGCCAAUACGCAAACACAUACAUCCCAUAAUAGUUUGCUCCCAAGCAAGACACACAAUAGAACAAUGGGAUGCACCACAUGGCAGUAAGCAAUGAACAGCCCCCCACACCCCAAUA